CGGGAAAUGGAAUGUGAAAGGGGUUUUAUGUGGAAGUCAGGCUGCAAAGCAUCGGAACUGCAAGGCCUCCAGCGAUUACAAGCCCAGUCCUUCCCUGCAGAGACGGGGAAAGAGAGCAGCCCGAGCUCACCCGGGAGUGGGUGGCGAGCCGGACCUUGUCCCGGUCCGGGUCCCGGUCCCUGCGCCCCCGACCUGGACACGCCUGUCCGGGGAGCUGGCUGGGAAACAGGGGCGGGCGGGGGGGGGUGGCCAUUGCCUUUCGGACGCGGCAGGUUUUCAAAGAAGCACGAGUUCUUUGUAGACAUGACUUGUGAAGGCUGCUCUAACGCAGCCGCUCGGGUCCUCAACAAGCUAGGAGGAGUUGAGUUUGAGAUCGAUCUGCCCAACAAGAAGGUUUGCAUCGACUCUGAGCACAACGUGGACACUCUGCUGGAGACGCUGAAGAAAACAGGGAAGACUGUUACCUACAUCGGCCCCAAAUAGCGAGGGCCUGGGUCCCUGGCCCGCAGGAUGGACCAGAGUGGGCAGGACCCUGAUCCUCUCCUGCCUUCCAGACAGAUCUGGAACCUGGCACUCCUGCCCAACGUUGGGAGUUCCUGCGGAGACCCUCCCUAGCUUCCCUGCAAUAAAGUCAAACUGCUUUUGUUGA